AUGUUCUCUCAUUCUAAAGACUAUUAUCCUCCAUCUUACCAUUUCUACAAUCCUUCUUUUGACUCUCGCGGCUCUGAUGCUUCAUCAACUCCUCAAGCCUCAUCAACUCAUCGAGCCCCAUCAACUCAUCGAGCCUCAUCACCCCCUUCAAGUUGGCCUGAUAAAGGACAUCCAUGCCCUACACAUUAUCCGCAAUCGCAUUCUGUCAAGGUGGAGGAAGAUGAUGACGAUGAGAACUUACCUAUAUCAAUGCAUUUUGAACGAGACUCAGCUGAGUCCAGCUUGUUUGAUCAACCAGCAGAAGAAGAAGACUCUGACCUUGCGCUCGAGGCUGCCCAGGCCAAACGCAAAGUGUGUCGAGCUCAAAAAUACUUGGCCGACUGCCUUUUGGAACAAUAUAAAAUACUUAUCCAUAUCUCCCACUGCCGGGCAGAAGCUCCAAACCAGCAUCUAUUAUUGGCUGACCUCAACGUCGGACACAUGCACUCAGAGCGCCGGAGGAAAAGUGGUAUCACAAUGUUUACUAUUCGAGCGUGA